AUGGCUUCCUUCCACCCACCACUGCACUCGCCACCGCCAGAGGCGGCACCCGCCAAAGCGACGUCGACUUCUUCGCACGCACACCGCCCCGUCCCCGAACCUCACCCGCUCGUCUCGUCCGACGAGUCGAUCCGCACCCUCGCAUCCGUCAGCUCGUCGACCUCGACCGCGACCGACUGCACCGCCCUCUCGAGCGUGCGGUACGAGUCGGACGCUGAGGAGUUGCUGAACGAGCCACCGCGCCGUCGCCGAUCUUCCACCAACACCGAGUACUGCCGCCCGCCGCUGGAGACGCCGCCCCAGCUCGUGCCGGUCAGCAUGGCGGGCACGGGGAUGGAGCAGAUCGACGACGAGCUGCGCAGGCGGAUAGAGCAGUUCUCGAUGCAGGGCGACAGCCGCGAGGCGAGGAUGGCGCAGCGGGCGGCCGAGGGCUACUUUGCGGCUGCCAUGUCGUCCGUUGAGCCGCCGUCUCUGCCUUCCACUGCACGAGCGCUUCCCUCGAUCGUGACGGCGUCGACUUCCUCGCGACCGUACUCCUCCGCUUCCUACGCGCACUCGCCCCUCGCCUACGCCCCGCCCGUCCCUCACUACCCCCUCCAUCACCCUCAGCCGAGCACGUCGGCUCAGAUAUCUACCUCAUUGCGCUCUCCCAGCUCGCACUCCGCCCGAUCGAGUCUCUCGCUCGACGGCUCGGUCGGUGCGCUGUACCCCUUCGCAACCUCGACUUCACCCCUCUCUUCCGUCGUCGCGCCUUCACCUCUCGCCGCCCUCGCCUCCGCCGACAUCCGCCCUUCCUCGACCGACACCUUCUCGACCUUCUCGACUCGCUCGUCCGGCCGUCCCUGGGUCUUCGAUUCGGACGCGUCGUCGAUCUGCAGCGCCGGGAGCGCAGGCGCGGUGACAGCGACGAGUACGGCGGCGGGCAGUGCGAGCAAUAGCGGUGCCGAAGGGCCGAGUAAGAAGGCUGUUGCGAGCGGGCAGGUGAGGACGGACGACGCGGGCGAGGAGCUCGAGGUGUACAAGCCCAAGACGGCCGAUGUCGAGUUCCUCGACCACCGACCCGAACCUCCCGGCGCCUCGCUUGACAUUGACCGUUCCGACCCGCUCCAGAUCGUCCUCCGCGUCACCCUCCCCGGCUUCUCGCUCGAGAACAUCACUGUCGCGAUGCGCCGUGGUCACAAGGUUCACAUCGUCGCCGACUCGUACGGCGAGAACGGCGGACAUUUUGAGAAACUCGUCAUGCUCGGCGCGGACGUCUCGACUUCGGCGCCUCGAGCCGAGUUCGAUGGCAACCUCUUGCGCAUCUACAUCCAGCGCAGACCGUCGAGGCCGACGACGGCAAUCACGAUUGCUGGCCCGCCUCGAGGGUCGCUCGACUAUGGCUACCCGUUCGGCGUGACUGCCGGUCCUGCGAGUCCACCCAGCUCGGCGUUCUCGUCUCCUGACCUGGGCGGAGACCACAACCGACGACCGUCUGUCGCCUCGUCGUUCGCCUCGAUCUGGUCCUCCGACUCGUCCUCGACGCACACCUCGCCCUACACUCCCGUCUCUCCCUCGCUCGACACGAUCGGCGCCGGCACGUCCUCCUUCGCCGACUCGGUCGACUCGUCCGCCUUCCUCCCCCCUCCCUGUACCGCUCGCGCCGGUCCUGCACCCGGGCAGGUCGAGAAGCGCGUCAAGCGGCUGACUGGACCCGAAGGUGCGAGGGCGGCUGCCAAGGCUGCGCGGGAAGAGGCGGCGAAGCGGGCGAAGGAAGAGGCGAAGCGGUUGCCGAAGGAGGCCAAGGGCGGGCGGUGGUUGCCGUUCCGCAAGCAGAAGGAGCAGCAGGCGCAGCAACAGUCCGGCGAGACACGCGCCUCUGCUACAGAGGAACAGGCUCACCGGUCCAGCGGGAGCAGCGGCGGGUCGAGCGGGACUGCCAGUAGCGGGGCGAGCGCGUCCAGCCCCAACACGAGCGACCCGCCUUCCGACGAGGCGCCGACCAAGACUGGCUCGGUCGAUCGCAACGGCACCAUCAAGGCGUCGUCCCGCUCGCACUCGCCGCUCCCGCCCAUCGUUGGCUCGGCUGAUGAGUCGACUACUCGCACGCUCGACUCGGCGUCGACCGAGUUGUCCAAGGCGAUCGACGAAGACCCUUCCUUGUCGCCCUUCUCCCCUUCUCCCGUCGACACGCCCACCUUUUCGCCUUCGCCCACCUUGACACCCGCACCAACCUCGACGCCCGCACCGAAGCGGCCGUCUUUCCGCGCCAACAACCUCACCCUCCGCCCGUUCGAUCGGUCCCAGUCGUUCGUCGAGGCCGCCGCCGCAGCCGCCGCCUCGCAUGGCGGAGGCAGUCCCUCCGCGUCAAGCGACGGCGGCGUCACGCCCAGCGUCGAGCGGAUGGGCAUGCGCUUCACCCAGGCGUCCUAG